AUGGCUUCACCUCCUUCUCCCGGGGACCCUGCGGAGGGCUACCCGGCCCAGGCUGGCACUGUCCGAGCACCCCCUUUCCCACUCCCUGUGCCCAGACUGCUGGCUCCACGGGGUCCCGAGGCCCACAGCUCGGGUCUGCGCCCUCUGCCCGCCCCCCGCGCUCCCCUCCUCACCUCCUCUCCCGCGCCUCGGGGUCUCUCCCCUGCGGCCUCGGGCUCUUCCCGGCACCAGUCAGGCUCCCCCCACGGCGCGCCCGUCUCCUCCCAUUCCCACCUCCUCCUGGGCCCCCUCCAGUGCCCCGCGGCUCCUCCCCGCCCGCCGGGAUCGGCCUUGGCCGACGGCCCUCCGGGACUUCCCUCCUCAUCCCCGCCCUGUGCUGUCCCGCCUUGCCCUCCCAUCCCCUCCCGCUGGCCCAGCGGACUGGCCCCAGCCUGGGCGCUGCCCUGCCCCCAGGAACAGGGCUACCCCUUCCCCUCAGGCCCCUCCAGGCCGUCCCCAAGACACUCAUUUCAGAAAACUCUUCCCAGAAAUCCAGACGUCCUCAAAUCCCAUGAGACCUCGAGGAGUCCUUUGAACCAUUCUCCUGCACCCUGGAGCCACAGGGAGAAGGAAGGGGGUCUCCGGGGCCUGACAGCCUCCGACACCAGCAAACACGUCAGGCGUGAAGGAUCGCGUCCCAUCUGUGGGGAUCUUCCCAACCCAGGGAUCGAACCAGAGUCUCCUGCAUUGCAGGAACUUCCGGUGGGACUAGAGAAACAACAGGACCGCAUGCUGGGGGAGGCCCAGGGGGGUGGGCGACCGAGAAAACUUCCAAGACGAGGUGGACUUGCGCUGAGGAAGGCAGGACAGUCACCCUGCCUUCGUGGGGGCUGCCUCAGGCCUGGGGUGAGCGAGGAGGGCUGGAGCGGGCAGCGGGCAAGGCAGGAGGCUGGGGGCCGGGUGCACACACAGUGCAGGUCACUCAGCCAGACAGAAUGUCCCGCGGGCGAGAGGAGGGUGAGUGGUGGGCAACCACAGGGCUGAUGAGGGUGGGGUUGCCAUGCCCUCUUCCAGAGAAUCUUCCCACCCAGGGAUCGAACCCACACCUCCUGUCUCCUGCAUAGGCAGGCAGGUUCUUUACCACUAGCGCCGCCCGGGAAGCCCCGUUACUGUUCAGUUCGGUUCAGGGGUUACUCAGGGUACAUUCAUGAGCUCAGCAUCAAGUGACCCAGGCAAGCAGCAAUAGCACUUAGCUGUUUACUGGUGGUUAAUGAUCUUCCCAGACAUCAUGGCUGAAAGCAGAAAUUCACACAUCUGGGUCCUUCUGACAAAGCUUUCAAAAUGUGCCCAGUCGCUCAGUCAUGUCCAACUCUUGGCGGCCGCGUGGAUUGUAGUCCACCAGGCUCCUUUGCCCAUGGAAGUUUCCAGGCAAGAAUACUGGAGUGGGUUGCCAUUUCCUCCUCCAGGGGAUCUCCCCUACUCAGGGAUUGAGCCCACGUCUCUUGCGUCCCCUGCAUUGGCGGGUGGAUUCUUUACCACUAGUGCCACCUGAAAAGUCCGUGGUUUAUAGGAGUGUAAUAUUGGUGAGAAAACUUACACUAAUUUAAAAUCUCUGAUUGUUGAAUAUCUGGUUAAAAUUCUUUUUGAGAAUUUUUUUUUUUUUUUUUUGCAUUGCCACGUGGCAUGUGGGAUCCUAGCUCUCUGCCCAGGGAUUGAACCCAUGACCCCUGCACUGGAAGUACAGAAUCUUAACCCCUGGAACCCCCAAGGAAGUCUCAGUGUUCUUUUAGUUUCAGGAAAAUCUUGGAGUUAACAGUACAGUUUGCACAUGCUAAGUCACUUUAGUCGUGUUUGUGACUCUAUGGACUAUAGCCUGCCAGGCUCCUCUGUCCAUGGGGAUUCUCCAAGCAAGAGUACUGGAGUGGGUUGCCAUGCCCUCCUCCAGGGGAUCUUCCCGACCCAGGGAUCGAACCCUCACCUCUUGUCCCCUGCGUCGGCAGGC